AUGGCUCCCUUACAGUUCCAGCCCAUCUCAUCACAGCCUACAGCGGCUUUCUGGUCAGCCCUGACUGCUCUCAAGCUCGACAAGCUCAAGCUAGACGAUAGCCAAGUGGACAUCACUGCGUGGUUGGAGCAAGGCAGGGAGAUCAGGGACAAGGAAGCCAAAGUUGAGGAUGAGACUGGUCUCGUCGGGGUGGAUGGGGUACUAGGGGUGGGCAGCGCAGCAUUUGGCGAAGAGGGAGAGAGACCACCACCAGGGUCAAUCCCUAUCAAAGGGAUCUUCAAGAACUUCAACACCAUCGAGGAGUUCAAGUCGACAGAGCACAAGAAGGCUUUGUUCGACUCCGUAGCGGAUAAGAUACUCGCUUCGUUCGAUACCGAUGCGCCUGACCUCAAUCCGUUUCUACUGGUCACUUUCGCCGACCUGAAGAAGUAUGUCUACCAUUACUGGUUCGCGUUUCCCGCUUUGGUCGCUAAGCCGGGAUGGGAGGUAGAGGGGGAGUGGGUUGAGACCAACGAGGAGGCCAUGGGCGAGAUCUACAACUUGCAAGACACCUUGCUGAUAGCCGGAUCUAGCAACGGUUUCCUCGUCCGCGGGGUAGCUGGACAGCGUCAAGUGGCGCCAAUCAGCGAAGCAAGCUCGUUCUUUGCCUCUGUACCAAAAGAGGAGCGCUGUAUAGCCUUCCACGAUCCCUCAUCCCUCCCCUCCAACCCCGGCUGGCCAUUAAGAAAUAUCCUCUACUACCUCUCCGCACAACACGGCAUUCGCCGUAUCAAGGUGAUAUGCCUACGAAGUGGAUCGGCAAGCCGUCAGGCUGUAGUCUACCAGCAAGAGGGGGAAACGGAGGCAAAGCCACAGGCGGUCGGAUGGGAGCGGAACAAGGCCGGUAAGCUGGGAAGUAGGAUGGUGGAUCUCGGCUCUGUCCUCGACCCUGCAAGAUUAGCAGAUCAAGCGGUCGACCUGAAUCUCAAGCUUAUGCGAUGGCGGAUCAUGCCGAGCCUGGAGCUGGAAAAGGUGGCUGCUACAAAGUGUCUCUUACUUGGAGCUGGGACACUAGGAUGCUACGUCGCGCGAUGUCUGAUGGGUUGGGGAAUACGGGAUAUCACCUUUGUCGAUUCGGCCAAAGUGUCAUUCUCGAAUCCGGUCCGACAACCGCUCUUCGAGUUUGAGGACUGCUUGAACGGCGGGAAGCCGAAAGCGCAGUGUGCCGCCGACAGCUUGAAGCGGAUCUUUCCCGGCGUAAACGCCCAAGCCCACUCAUUCAUGAUUCCCAUGCCCGGUCAUCCGGUCUCCUCGUCAGCCGAGAAGCAAGUUGCCGAGGACGUCCAACACCUCGAGGAUCUCAUCAGGUCACACGACGUCGUCUUCCUGCUCAUGGACUCCCGCGAGUCUAGAUGGCUGCCCUCGGUCAUAGCAGCAAGCAAGGGGAAGAUCGUCAUCAACGCCGCUCUCGGCUUCGACACUUAUCUCGUCAUGCGGCAUGGAGGCGCACCGGGAUCUGGAGACGGGAAGAGACUGGGCUGUUACUAUUGUAACGAUGUCGUCGCUCCCAUGGAUUCUCUGACCGACCGAACGCUGGACCAAAUGUGCACAGUCACUCGACCAGGGAUCGCACCCAUCGCUGCCGCCUCCGCCGUCGAGCUGCUCGUCUCCCUCGCCCAACAUCCAGCUGGAGUCGACGCUCCCGCCGACACAUCCACCACCGCCCCAUCAGCCACAUCAUCAUCCACCUCCCCACUCGGUCUCGUUCCACAUCAGAUCCGCGGCCAGCUCGCCUCGUGGAAGAACGUCCUCGUGGAAGCGCCGGCCUUUGAUCGGUGCACCGGCUGUUCCCAGGCUGUGGUGGACGAGUACAGGGCGAAGGGAUUUGAGAUGAUGCUGAAGGCAUUCAAUGAGGGAGAGUAUCUCGAGAAGCUGACGGGGCUGGAUCGGUUGCAAAAGGAGAGCGAGGAGAUGAUGGCGGGUGAGGAAUGGGAUGAUAGUGAUGAGGAUUUUUGA